CCCGCCCCUGACGGAGCCCGGAUGAAGAGUAACGCCAUUACCGCCGGAGCCGCCGAGAGCACUCGCGGACUGGGACUGGACACUGGACCUGCCGCGCCAUGAGACUCCUCCCCCGCCUGCUUCUGCUCCUCUUGCUGGUAUUCCCCGCCACCGUUUUGCUCCGAGGCGGCCCGGGAGGCUCAUUAGCGGUGGCACAGGAUCUUACAGAGGAUGAAGAAACAGUGGAAGAUUCAAUAAUUGAAGAUGAAGACGAUGAAGCUGAGGUAGAAGAAGAUGAACCCACAGAUUUGGCAGAAGAUAAAGAGGAAGAAGAUGUAUCUGGUGAACCUGAAGCAUCACCAAGUGCAGAUACAACUAUCCUGUUUGUGAAAGGAGAAGAUUUUCCAGCAAAUAACAUAGUGAAGUUCUUGGUAGGCUUUACAAACAAGGGUACAGAAGAUUUUAUUGUGGAAUCCCUAGAUGCCUCAUUUCGUUAUCCUCAGGACUACCAGUUUUAUAUCCAGAAUUUCACAGCUCUGCCUCUGAACACUGUAGUGCCACCCCAGAGACAGGCCACUUUUGAGUAUUCCUUCAUUCCUGCAGAGCCCAUGGGUGGACGACCCUUUGGUCUGGUCAUCAAUCUGAACUACAAAGACUUGAAUGGCAAUGUAUUCCAAGAUGCUGUCUUCAAUCAAACGGUUACAGUUAUUGAAAGAGAAGAUGGGUUAGAUGGAGAAACAAUCUUUAUGUAUAUGUUCCUCGCUGGUCUUGGACUUCUGGUUGUUAUUGGCCUUCAUCAACUCCUAGAAUCUAGAAAGCGCAAGAGACCCAUACAGAAAGUAGAAAUGGGUACAUCAAGUCAGAAUGAUGUUGACAUGAGUUGGAUUCCUCAAGAAACUUUGAAUCAAAUCAACAAAGCUUCACCAAGAAGGCUGCCUAGGAAGCGGGCACAGAAGAGAUCAGUGGGAUCUGAUGAGUAAAUGUUCCUUUGUGCAACAAUUCAGUCUGUACUUACCCUGCCCUAAUGUUUUUCGGCCUGAUGGGAAUUAGUGCAGAGAAGCCAUAUCACCAUAGAAGGCAACUACUACUUAUGUGUGGACUGAGCAAUCAGAGUCUGUGGCGAUAAUAUUGCUGAAAAUGCACUGCAUUCGUUUUUCUAAAGUAACAAAUUUUGGGUUUUUUUUUUUUUAAACCAUUAAAAUCUAUGUGUGCGUGUGUAUGUAUGUGAGCAGUUGGUCUUACCAGAAUCAUUGUUGAACUGCCUGAAGCAUGCCUUUAGAAUACUAAGUAUAAUGCCAUCUCUCUUCCUUUUAGGUACUUUUUGAUUUUUAUCCCCAAAUACAAUGAAUAUUUGCCUCCAAUAUAAUUGUAGAUACCCUGCCUUGAACUGUUUUAAGGGAAGAAAUAAUUUGUUUCUUCCAUGGAAUUGCUCAAAUCCCAACUGAUGGCACAAAUUAGCAUUUUGGUUGUGGUUGCCCUCUUAUAAUUAGUAUUCUAAAGGCACAAGCAGGAGAUGCUGCUUUUUUAGCAGUAGAAUUGUUUUUGGUAUUUUUAUGUUGUUUAUUAUAAUGCAUACCUUCAGGAAACUUCCCAUAUGGAUUCAAGGAAUUUUAGUAUCUCUUGAGCAACAAAAUUGUGAAACAUGAAAAUUCUGAUAUUGAUAUAUGAAUCCUAAACCUACCCAUUUUUUAACAAAAAGGAAAUAGUACAUUUGUGCAAACUGAGGAAGAGGUCUGGAAUGAUCUUAGACACACACUUGGGUUUUUUGGUUUUGUUUUUGUGGUCCCGGGAUUCAAACCCAGGGCCUUGUGCUUGCUAAUAAGCAACUGCUGUACCACUGCGCUACAGCCCCAGCCCUUGUUUUAUUUGGUUUUUUAAAAAGGAAAUUUUGCUCUUCUUAGUAAAAGUACCCUUUCUUAAGAAAAACUGCCUUGUUCUGCAGAUCAAGCAGAUCAAAGUGUAGGAACAGAUAUAUUCCAACUCAUCUUAAUCUCCAAAAACAUGAACUGGAAAUUUUUAAAGCAGUCACACAGUUGUUUGUUAUAUAAUAUUUGGGGGAUUUUGAUUAUUGAUGUACCUUUUUUUUGGGGGGGGGGGGUUAAUUCGGAAAAUUCCAAAAGUUUAAGCACUUAGGACCUCAGAACCAAAAUUAAGUUAGACUUCAUAAAAUCCUUUAGGGACAAAAAGAUUGAGAAAAUAAAAUCCUUUUAGUAGGAUUUUAUGUAGUAAAUUAAGUUUUGGCACUAUUGUCAGACUGGAUAAAGGAUAAAGUAAAAGUUUCUAUGAACAAAUCCCCCCCUCCCCCUGGUCCCCCUUUCCGUCUUUAAGCCACAUAUUCCCAUAUAUUUUUUAUAACCAAAUAGUAAAUGAAAUUUUAGUGGCUCCUUAAUUCCUGACUUCUGUUCACUCUUAUCAUCUUCAGUAUAAUCCCCCAACACACACACACACACACACACACACACUCUCAUGCCCACACAUCCAAAAAAAGAAAUGAUGAUAAAAGAAAAAAUAUACAAACGAAUCUUUUUUAAGCUGUUACUUAAGUAUUUAAACAUCUGAGCCAAAACCAAUGACGUUAGAAGUUAUUGUAUAAUUGUUUUGCAAGUAGGGACUGAGAUGUCGCAUUAUCUAUAUUGGCAUUGCUGGACUAUAAACUUUCUAAACCUUUAA